AUGGAAACGUCCACCGACUUGGACCAGUGUCGGACGUCACCGUCGGCGGAGGAGGUGACCAGCUCGUUGCCGCCCGCGGACCAGUCCAAGUCGGUGACGGACGCGGCGUGGCCUCGGAGCGUGUCGACCAGGUCCAAGCCUCCGCUCUCUCGGUUCGGCCGCAUGAGCUCCACCUCUCCCGUGUCGCGGCCCAGCGCCAGGGUUUUCUCGCCGCCGUGUCCCGACCACCUCGCCACGGUGACCCUCGACCUGCGCGGCGUGAAGAUGAGGUCCGGGUGCGACGGGUGGAGCUCCGUGGCGAGCGCCCCGGUCGUCGCGUGCGACGACGACGCCACCGUGGACGAGGAUGCGGUCGACCGCCCGGAUCGGGUCGAGGCGUCGUCGCCGUCGCCGUCGAACCCGGAGACGACGCUGGAUAUCCGGCGAACCGGGAUGGCGCCCGCGUCGUCGUCCUCCUCCUCCUCGUCGGAGUCCGCGCCGCGGCGGAAGGCGGCGGCGACCACCGACGCGGGGCUCAUCAGGUUGGGAUCCAUCGGCGGAGGACGCCUCUCGGCUCCGCCAUCUUUCCGCGGGGGCGCCGCCGAGGGCGAGGAGGUGAGCGAUGUCGUCCUCCUCGACGACGACUCCGCGUCGCGCGUCGCGUCCUCCGCGGAGCCGUCCCCGCGCCUCGUCGUCGUUGGCGACGACGGCACCGCGACGAUGAAGCCGUCCUCCUCGGCGACGACGAACGAGUCCGACGCGAGCGACGACGCGGACCCGAACGGCUCCCACAACCAGGAGGUGCUCGAAGAGGCCGGGUCCGACUACGAGCCCACGUACGAGGAGACGGUGGCGUACGCCAGGUGGCUGGGCAUCAAACCCCACGAGGACGCGCGGAUGAUGCGGAUCGCCAAAGAUGGGCUGCGCGCCAAGCUCCCGCCCGAUUGGAAGCCGUGCCGCACGGGCGACGGGCAGGUGUACUACUUCAACUUCACCACCGGCGAGAGCGACUGGGACCACCCGUGCGACGGGAUAUUCCGCGCCAAGGUGGAGGCGGAGAGGCUUCGCGCGGCGGAGGCGCCGUCGCCGUCCUCAGCGUCCGAAGCCAUCACGGACGUCCCGACCCCGUCGUCAGUGUCAGUCGCCAAACGAGACGGCCACGACGAGGAAGAGGAAGGAGAGGAAGUAGAGAACGCGUUGACAGGCGGCGGCGGCGUCGGCGAACGGCACGGCAGCACCAGGAGCAGCGGCUCCUUCGCGCACGCCACCCCAAAGCCCCCGAGCGCGGGCAAGUCGGCUCCGUCGCCUCGCGUCGUCGGCGGAUCCCUCCGGACGUCUCCGGAUGUCGUCGGACCCGCCGCCGGAGCCGGAGUCGAGCCGCCGAGGCGUGAGGGCGCGAGGCGCUCCGCCGCCGCUGAGGCUGCGCGGGGGGGCGCGGUCGAGACGACGGUGCUCCUCAAGCUGGAGGAUUUCUCCCUCGUCGAGAGCUUCCACCGAAGCGGCGGCGGGGGCGAGUCCUCGAGGGAAUCGGGCGACUUGGGCGGUUCGGACUCGAGGACGCGUAAGCCGGAGGUGAAGCCGCUUAACCUCGCCGGCAUCGGCGGCGGCGGCGGGGGCGGCGGUGGUAUGCUCCUUACGGCGGAGGCGUUUGGUUUCUCGGGCACCUUCGACAGCACCUUGGACGACAGCGAGAUGUCGGAAGCGUCCGACUUUCUCCCCCGCGACGGUACCAAAGACGACGACCCGAACGUUAACGGCGACGUCGACGGCGAGAAGAGGCCACAGCAGCAGCAGCAGCAGCAGCAUCCCGGGGAGAAAAAGACGCCGCCGGUGUCGCCGCGUGGUACCGGUAAGCCCCCGCUCUCGCCCGGGAACUUCGUCAAGUCGCCCAAGGCGAGGUCGAUGGCGGCGGCGGCGACGCGAGCCGCGAGGGGCGUUCAAGCGACGGGCGAGGACGUGGGGGAGGCACACGACGACGCGGCGGUGCGGGGCACGCGCGCGGUGACGCGUCCAUCGCGCGUCUCCCCCGACGACGAAAACGUCGAGCCGAACAUCCGCGGCGACGGCUCCGUGACGAAGCAAGCCCGGCCCAAGUCCAUCCUCCCAUCCGCCGCCGACACCGACGACGCCGACGCCGGCGUCCGGGUCCCGGGCGCGCUCGACGACCCCGACCUUCGCGCGCGCAUCGACGCGCUCAGGGAGGAGUUCGUCGCCGCGAGGUCCGAACUCGAGCGCCUGUCGGAUCGCGCCGAACAAACCGAUCGAUUCGUCGCGGCGGCGGUGGAGACGGCGAUGGCGCGAACGUCGCGGGUCGAGACCGAACGCGCGAACGCGUUGGACGCCAAGGUGGAGACGACGCUUUCGUCGAUGGCGGAGAGGGCGGAGAGGGCGGCGGCGGCGGCUGAGAGGGCUGAGAAGGCGGUGGAUCGAGCGCUCGAGAGAUUCUUCGCGGGGCGAGCGGCGGAGAUCGCGGAGUCGACGGCGGCGCUCCCCGCGGCGCCGACGCCGACCGCGGCGGCGUUACCGGCGCCCCCCCGGAGCCUCGCCGGCGACGCGGGCGAGUCCCCGCCGACGCCCGCGGCGAGGCGCGAGUGGAAGCCGGCGAAGCUCCCACCGCCGCCGCCUCCUCUUCCCGCGUACGCUUCUUCGGCGGAGGUCGAUGGGACGGCGGGCGCGACGCGGCCGAGGUUCGACGAGGCGAGGGCGCGGCGGCUCAUCGAGAUGAUGGAGGAGUCGCCGGAGAUGGAGAACCCGACGUUCGUGGCGUCCAUCCGCGCGGUGAUCGACGCGCUGGCCCGCGUCGUCAUGGCCGCCCAGAAGAAGGAGUCCGUCUCCGUCGCCGCGCGCCAGCCCACCCUCGCGGCCGCCACCGCCGCCGUCUCCGCCCUCGUCGCCGCCAACCCCGCGCUCGCCGGCGACCUCUUCGGCUCUGAGUACUCGGGCCUCGUCGGCGGCUUCACGAUCGGCAUCGUCGGCGGCACCGGCGCCGUCGCCGCGCUCCUCCUCCCGUUCAUCUGCGGCACCCUCAACCCGGUCCAGAUGGCGGUUAACCUCGGCCUGGCGGAGGGCGAGGUGUCCAACGAGCGCAAGUUCAAGAACAACGGCGAGCCCAUGGAGCACGGCACCAAGUUUGGACACAAGUGGUACAAGACUGACGCGUACUGCAACGGCAAGUACAUCGACUUCGCGGGCACCUCCAAGACCCAAGCGGCGAUGGAGAAGGGCAAGCUCUGA